AUGUCUCACACAACCGAAACUUACUACUACUACGUCCCCCGCGAAGUCGACCCUUCAGCUUACGCCUGGGUCCAGCCCACCAUCAUCGAGGAUGAGGAUCUCACCUUUGGCGGAAAGUCGCUGAGCGCUUGGUACGAGGAGGAUCGUCGCCGUCACAGCAGCGGCAGCAACAGCAGCGACGAGGAAGAGCGCCGCGGUCGAGAGCGCGUGCGAAGAAACUACUCUCGCUCUAGCAAGUCGCACAAGAAGUAA